GGUGUUUUGAUGCAAGCCACAUCCUAAGAUCAUUCGAGACACACAAUGUAGAUAUGAAUAGGAAGGGCAGGUAUUUUACCUGUGCAGCAGGCUUCAUUAUUAGAGCAGCCUAUAUGUAGGCUAGUUUAUCAACGUCUAAUAGGCUAUCCGACCGAAAUAUAGGAUGAAUUUGUAUAACAGUUUCUGGAGAACAAACGAUGUACGAGAGCGAAGACAGGAACUGCCAUUAUGAAGAUAACGUAAGCGGAACAAGUCGGAGACCAGGGGAAGAUCGUGUUCUCGGCUGGAGGAAUUGUAAAUUGAUUACUGACCCUGCUUUGACUGACGGCCUACCAAAGCUUUAUCGUUACGAUGGACAGUAUUUCAGCUCGCCGAACUCAGGGCUGUUUCCUGUGGAUGCGGUCAGAGACCCACGAAUACGCCGUCUCUGGACUAAACUCCACCGGGCAGAUCUUCCAGUCCCACAGUUUCACGCUGACGAAUAUUACGUGGGACCUCCCAAAGAGGUCACUUUUGCAAGGCUGAAUGACAACGUGAGCGAGGCCUUCUUGACUGACAUGUGUCAGAAGUAUGGAGCUGUGCAGCAGGUAGAGAUUUGCUACAGUCCGAACAGUAGGAAGCACCUGGGAGUGGCCAGGGUUAUCUUUUCAGCUGUGAAGGCAGCCAAGGAAGCCGUUAAGGGUUUACAUAACACCUCUGUCAUGGGCAACAUCAUCCACGUCCAGCUUGACCCCAAAGGGGAAAAUCAGAUGCGCUACGUGCAGUUCAUCCUGGGUGGUGGCUACACCCCUCAAACGGUGCCUGUGGGUCCGGAGGCUCUGGAGGCCUCGUCUGCCCUCUGCCUCCCUGACGACCUCAUGGUUGGCGAGCCAAUGAGGAGGCUGGAAUUAAGGUCCUCCUCCUUAGACCUCUGUGCCUCAUUGGAUGCCUCCACGCCACUCUCCCUGGACACCGCCUACUCCAGCAUGCACCAGGACACUCCUAGCAGUGUGUGGCAGACGCCUCUGUCCCUGGACACCCCGAGUACGUCCCCCCAGUCGCACGCCAUGCCCCACACCCCCCCCCCACCGUCGGACCUGUUGCCCUUCCACCCCCCCCACCUGACGCAGGGGGACACCCCCAAGUCCCAGGACCUGUCCUGGACCUGCGCUCCUUAUCCCUCAUCCAGGGCCGUGUCUCGCAGCCCUCAGCUGUCCCUCCGCACCCUGCGGCUGCUUGGCGCCCCCGCCCCAACCCUCGGCAGUGUCCACCAGGGCCCCCGCUACCCCGUCAGGCUGGUAACCGGUGCCGGUGCGCACCCUCGGCCGGGACCGGGGGCCCCUCGGGGUGGGGGCCGAGGACACAGGAGACUCAAGCACCAGGACGCGUACAACCGCCGGGUGGAGCAUCACUAUGCGCACCGGCCUGGGACGUCCAGCAGGUGGAGCUCUAGCGCUGCUCUGAAGGUGCUGACGGGGCCCAUCACACUGGAGCCUCGGGUCCAGCCUCCGCUGCGGCUGCUGCCGUCUGCUGAGUCACCAGCAGGUGUUGCUCUAGCUCCCGUCAGCAGAGGCGACGGCUGCACGGACGAGCCCGAUGGCGGCUGCAGCACGGACGAGCCCGAUGGCGGCUGCAGCACGGACGAGCCCGAUGGCGGCGGCAGCACGGACGAGCCCGAUGGCGGCGGCAGCACGGACGAGCCCGAUGGCCGCGGCAGCACGGACGAGCCCGAUGGCUCUCAGAUCGAUACUGGUGUGUCCACAGGGUCACACUCCUCUCAGACCCGUCGGGCUGCUGGCCAAGAGAACAGGAAGUCACUCGAUGAACUUCCUCUGUGCGGGUUUGCGUCUCCGAGUGCAGGCGUUGUGCUCUGUGUGGCGGUGGCAGAGGCGGGGGAAGUGGAUGGAGCUCUGGGAGGCUCUUACCCAGCGGCACCAGAGCCAUGUCGUUCACCUCCGCUUUCAGAUCCAGAGAAAUGCCUUUAUCCUGGGUCGCCUGCCCCACAAACCUGCCCCUCUCCUUGUUCUCCUACCCCACAAACCUGCCCCUCUCCUUGUUCUCCUACCCCUGAUCAAGAGCAUGAUGCCAGCCUGGACUCCCGCAUUGAGAUGCUCCUCUCGGGCAAGCAGAUGUCGGGGCUGCCCUUGGUGCCCUCUCCACCCUCCCACUCUGGGGUGCAGUCUCCCCCUCCACCCUCCCCCUCAGUUCCCCGCUGCUGGAGAGACUCCUGCUUGGAGGAUGUCAGCCCGACUCCACUUCCUGUUUUUGAGGAGGGCGAGGGUGAGGAAGGAGAGACGGCUCAUUUGACAGCAUCAGUGUGCAGUUCUUACACCAGUACACCCAAGCUCAGCUCAGCAGAGUGGGAACCUGGACUCAGCGCAACCCCUCAUACAAUCACAGGUGUGAAACCUACCUCAACAGAAUGUGUGAAAGUCUCUAGUAAUGGACAUGGCCCUACUGAACCAAUGGCUGCCAGCACACAGAUGCCCAAGAGCAUUGUGGGUAAUGUGCCCCCUCUGUUCCGAAUGCCCCCGCCCCCUGUGCCCAAGCUUUUUACCCAUUAUCCCCCCCCUCUACCACCCUACACUCUGUUACCCCCUAACAUGCCCCCCCCUGCUGGCCCCCCUCCUCUCCUGCCCCCGUGCCCACAGGUGGAGGUGGUGGAGGGGCAGACAGAGCCACGCAAGAGGCAGUCCAGGUGGCACGGCAACCCCAUCCCGACCCGCAUCACUAGCGGGCCGAGCUCCGCCCCGUGCCGCCCCUGUGCCCACCCUCCCCCUCUUCGUCCUCCUCCUCCUCUCCUUCCUCCCCCUCUUCGUCCUCCUCCUCCUCUCCUUCCUCCCCCAUUCCCUCCUCCUCCUCUUCCUCCUCCAUUCACCGUUGUCGCUCCACCUCCACAAACUGCCACAAACCCCCCCACCCAUGCGACCCAACUCCCCCGAUGCCCCCCACCCCCUGCUCCUCUGCGGCCCCCCUGGCCCCCGCUGCCCUUCCUGCCCCGGUUUGACCCCUCGGUGCCCCCCCCGGGCUACGUGCCCCCCCUGCAGCUCCAGCACCAGGCCACUGUGGAGAGCGUGCUGGCCAGCGUGGCGGCCGAGCUGAAGGCCAUCGUGAGGAAGGACAUCCUCCGCAGGAUGGUGGAGGGCGUCGCCUUCCAGGCCUUCGACCUGUGGUGGGAGGAGAAGGUCAAGAGCACAAAGGCUUCUGCUCCAGUGGCGAAACCUCCUGUGUCCUCCAGAGAGGAUGCCAUGACCAGAGAGGAUGCUGUGGCCAGACAGGACGUUGUGGCUCUGGGCGUAGUACUGGGUCUGGGGGCGUUGCGACUGCCCUCUUUUAAGGUGAAGAGGAAGGAGCGCCCAGGAGUGACCUCAGAGCCUCAAACCAAACGGACCUGUCCGUCCCUGUCAGAGGAAGAGGAGGCGGAGCCAGAGAGAGCGGACAUGAGGGAGGAGUCUACGGAUGUGAGGGAGGAGUCUGCGGCGGUGAGGGAGGAGUCUACGGAUGUGAGGGAGGAGUCUACGGACGCGUGGCAGAAGGACGUUGCAGUCUCCGCGGGCAGGCGCAGGCAUGCCAGACCUCUGGCACUGGACAGCGAAGCAGAGGAGGAUGAGAGAGAAGAGGAUUCUGGGAAGGUGGAGGACUGCCCUGCGGUGUCAGAGGAUGAGGUGGACAGGAGGGAAUUGGGCUCUUUUUCAAAGUAUGGGGAUGAUGAUGACGAUGAUGACGAUGAAGGAGAGAACACAGAAGUCAGGAGGUCACCUCCAAACAGAGAAAAGGACAAACACCCAGAUUAUGAAGUCAUCAGCCUCUCCUCCUCCUCCAGUUACUAUGACAACACGUCAACGUCUAUCAGUUCUGAUUACAUCUCAUCUUCAACAGACAGCACAGACUCGUCCAUGUCUGAAUCCGAUGACGAUGAUGAUGACGAUAAUCAACAUCAUCAUCAUCAUUAUGGGACAUGCCUCACAGAUGAUCAACAUCAUCAUCAUCAUUAUGGGACAUGCCUCACAGAUGAUCAUGAACACAACAGGUGGUCAGGAGGUGCAGUGCAUCUGUUAGAGGGGGCUGCAGAGAGGGAGGAAGAGGAGGAGGAGAUGGAGGAAGAGGAGGAGGAAGAGGAGGAGAGGGAAGCGUGGCUGUCGUCGUCUAACAGAGAGGGGACAGGCUCGGCUGGCGUCCAUGUUGUGCCCUCGCCCUGGUCCCCGUGGGAGAUGGAGAGACCGCCGCCCACCCCUCGUGCCCCCGCCUCCACGGACGAGCGUCUGGAACAGCGUCUGGAACAGCGUCUGGAACAGGCUUUACUGGCAUGUGAGGACAUCAGACUGGAUGAGGAUCACCUGGAUGAAGAUCACCUGCAGCUGAGGGCGUGUCUAGAGGGAGUGGCCAUACCAGACCCCGCCCUGUGUCUCUCACCUGGGGAGCUCACCUGUCCGCUCUCCCCGUCAUAUGGAGAGGUGUCAGAGGAUCUGGACACAGGGUCCGAGCUGGACGCUGUCACUAUGGAGACGCUGGAGGACUGUGGGACCUUAAGGCCUCCGACCCCCACGGGCUCAGUCAGCGACAGCGAUGCCUCAGACCUGCAGCUGUCGCCCCCUGCUGCUCUGGAGGACGUAGAGCGCCCCCACACUCCUGGGCGAGGUCUGGACACAGCGGAGGGUGCUGCCGGCGAUCUCCUCUUCCCCCCUCCCGCCACACUACUACUCCUGCCCCCUCCCCCCUCCCCGACAGGCCUCGGGGGCUCACCCUCCUACCCCCUCUCCACCCCCCUGCCCCCUCCCCCCUCCCCGACAGGCCUCGGGGGCUCCCCCUCCUACCCCGUCCCCACCCCCCUGCCCUCCUCCUACCCCGUGUACGAGGACAUCCCUCGGACGCCGGGUCACUACUCCAGCUCGGUGCAGAGGUCCAGGAGACCCAGCGCAGCCCUGACUCCAGACCAGGACCUGCGGGCGCUGUUUCCCCUCUCCCCCCGCCCCACCGCGAGGGCCGUCCCCCGCACCCCUGGACGAGAGAGCCCCCCCGGCUCCCUCCCGCACCCAGCGUCCGCUUUCGAGUUCUCCGAGUACCGGAUGCACCUCAGAGAGCCCUGGCAUGGGGACCACCCGCUCAGCGCAGCGCCUAACCAGGCCUGGGGUUCCCCCGGCUCCCCCGCCCCUUGCCAUGGGUCCUCGCCACCCAGCGGGCGCGGCGCUGUUCUGCACCCCCGCACAAGCCCUCCGUGGGGAGGUGGAGCCAGGGACAGGACGUUGGGCAGGGAGGAGGUGGACAUGGAGGAGGUGGUGGGGGCCAGGGGAACCUGGAGGACGCACAGGAGGAGGCUGAGGUGCAAGAACACCUCGAGGACCAUGCUGAAGUGGAGGACUACGGAGAGCAGGGAGGAACAAAAUGGACCAGAGUGUGGGCUGCUGCCUCUGCUCAGCACCGAGACUUGCCUGACGUCUGGAGAACUGGAGAACCGGCCUCGCCUUGAGAACCAGCUUUGCCUUGAGAACCAGCUUCACCUAGAGAACCAGCCUCACCUAGAGAACCGACCUCACCUAAAGAACCGACCUCACCUAAAGAACCGGCCUCGCCUAGAGAACCAGCCUCACCUAGAGAACCGGCCGCGCCUUGAGAACCAGCCUCGCCUUGAGAACCAGCUUCACCUAGAGAACCAGCCUCACCUAGAGAACCGACCUCACCUAAAGAACCAGCCUCGCCUUGAGAACCGGCCUCGCCUAAAGAACCGACCUCACCUAAAGAACCAGCCUCGCCUAGAGAACCAGGCUCGCCUUGAGAACCGGCCUCGCCUAAAGAACCGACCUCACCUAAAGAACCAGCCUCGCCUAGAGAACCAGGCUCGCCUUGAGAACCGGCCUCGCUUAAAGAACCAGCCUCGCCUUGAGAACCGGCCUCACCUAGAGAACCAGCCUCGCCUUGAGAACCGGCCUUGCCUUGAGAACCGGCCUCACCUAGAGAACCGACCCACCCUGGAGGACCUGGAGAGCGUGGGGCUUGUGCGGCUGUACCCUCGCCACAGAGCCGGACGCGGUCACAUUAAGCGGCGCCGGCGGCGCGGGGACCGGUCACCCUCCCGGUUGCGGCUCUGCCGGCGGUCGCACCGCGAGGAGAGGAGCGCUCUCCACGCCGUGUGGAGGUCAGGAGUGGAUGACCAGGAGAUCGGACACCUCAAACGCAGCUAUGAGAGCAUGAAGCUCCUGCGUCUGGGCUGUGAUUGGCUCAGCUCGGUCACAUGGGUGCCACAUCCUGCAACUGACAUCGCGCUUGGGAAGAGCAGGAUGUGGGAGACUGCGAUGCGUCAUCAUUUGACAGGAAGUGCACGCAGCGAGGGUUAUUACGUCAUCAGCAGCGGUGAUAAGCAGCGCUACCUGACCAGCACACACAGUGACUCAGCGCGACCACCUGAGGACACACAGCCUCAGCUCUCUCUGCGCUCAGCCUCGGACCUCCGUGCGGACCAGAGGCGCCUCCUCUCCUCUUUCAGCUGUGACAGUGACCUGCUCAAGUUCAACCAGCUGAAGUUCCGUAAGAAGAGGCUACGCUUCAGCCGCAGCCGAAUCCACGACUGGGGCCUGUUCGCAGAGGAGCCCAUCGCAGCGGACGAGAUGGUCAUCGAGUACGUGGGCCAGAUUGUUCGGCAGGUGAUAGCUGAUUGGAGGGAGCAGCGCUAUGAGAAGGAGGGCAUCGGGAGCAGCUACCUGUUCCGUAUCGACCACAACACCAUCAUCGACGCCACCAAAUGUGGCAACUUGGCCCGCUUUAUCAACCACAGCUGCAACCCAAACUGCUACGCCAAAAUCAUCAGUGUGGAGUCCCAGAAAAAGAUUGUGAUCUACUCCCGACAGCCCAUCGGAGUCAACGAGGAAAUCACAUACGAUUACAAAUUCCCCACCGAAGACGUGAAGAUUCCGUGCUUGUGUGCCGCAGAGAACUGCAGAGGAACGCUCAACUAGGAAGACACAUGUUUACAAACACACACACACAUGUACACACA